CCAUUUUCGACAGGGCCAGUGGUUGGGGGUUCCCCGUGCUUAACCCAAAAAAUCGGAUUGGCGUCUAGUUGGUUUUCUAGGACACUUUUUGCUUUCCCCGGACCCGUCAAAAGAACAGGUGCAGGAAGAUGAUGGAAGAGAGUGGAAUAGAGACUACCCCGCCCACCACCCCCACGGCCCCCCUGAGCGUGGCGGCAUCCAUCGCCCCCCCGCCCCUCUCGACAGGAGUGGCGAGCCCGCUGUCCCUCCCCAGCACUGUGGGGGUCACCUCCUUCGUCCCCGAGGGCUUCUCCACCCCCGUCCCCGCCAUCCCGCCCGCCUCCGUCCCUCCCAUUCGGUCCUCCGCCCCCCCUCUGUUCCAGUCCCCGCUGCCCGCCGCCGCCCCGCCCCCCAUGGGCAUGCCCCCCGCCUUCGCCAGCCCCAUGGGCGGCUUCCCCCCCGGCCCCCCCCUCAGCACCGCCGCCCCCCCUCCGCCGCCCGUCAUGUCGGCUCCGCCCACGGGCCCGCCCACCUCCGGCUUCACCGUGACGGGCGGCUAUGACAUCACGCGCGGGCACGCCGGGCGGGCGCCACAGACGCCCCUGAUGCCCAGCUUCUCCAGCGCCCCGCCGGGGCCAGGGGUGGUGGCGAACCCCAUGGUCCAGCAGCCGGCCAUGUCGGGGGGGGGCCUGGGGACGGCGUCCCCCAUCACCUUCCCCGAAGAUCGCGAGGACCCCCACGCUGCCGUGGAAACCAACACCGGGGGCUUGUGGGGCUUCUUCAAGGGCGUGGCAGGGAACCCCAUGGUGAAGACAGUCCUCGAUAGGACCAAGCACUCCGUGGAGUCCAUGAUCACCACCCUGGACCCUGGCAUGGCUCCCUACAUCAAAUCCGGGGGAGAUCUGGACAUCGUGGUCACGUCUGAUAAGGAGGUGAAGGUGGCGGCCGUCCGCGACGCCUUCCAGGAAGUGUUCGGCCUCGCCAUGGUGACCGGGGAGGCGGGCCAGUCCAACAUCGCCCCCCAGCCUGUGGGCUACGCUGCGGGAUUGAAGGGCGCUCAGGAGCGGAUCGACAGCCUGCGCCGGGCCGGGGUGAUCCAUGAGAAGCAGCCCGUCGUCUCCGUGGAGAACUUCAUCGCCGAGCUCGUCCCUGACAAGUGGUUUGACGUGGGUUGUUUGAUCCUGGAGGAUCCCGGUAAUGGGAUCCGCAUUGAGACCUUCACUCAGGCCACGCCCGUGGCCCUGGAGCACGUCCAGCAGGCGCAGGCGCUCACCCCCCCGGACUACACGCUGGGCUGGUCGGGGCUGCAGGUGACGGUGGGCGAGGUUCUGGAGCGGAGCUUCCCCCACGUGAGCCGGACCGACUGGCACCUGGCCCUCACCGGGCUGUCCCGGCGCCAGAUGAUCUGCAGCGCCGCCAAGGCCCUGGCGGGCAUGUACCAACAGCGGCUGCCCCCCAGGACUGUCUGAGGGGGGCGCGGGGGGGGGAGGGGGCGGGCGGUGCUUUUUCAUCGUUUCGUUUUUUAGUUUUUUUAUUAUUUUUUUUUAAGGAGGUUGGGCGUGGGGGUCAGGGGUUAGUGGGAGAGUAAGAGGUGGAACUGUCCAAUCAGAAUCAGACUGUGCCCCCCCCCAUCCUCUGUGGGCAAGACACGUGUACAUUUAUAUUUUAACCCGCUUUUUUUUUUUUUUUUUUUAUGAACUUUUUUUUUUUGGA